GGAUCGCAUUACGAGAUCCCGUUGAAAUUUCAAGUCCACUUUCAUCCUUCAUUGGUGCUUGACAGACGUUGCUGAACUCGAUUUAGUAGGAUACACCAUGAGGCUAGACGCUACAGAUCUGCGAUUCGUCACACAAGAAGAGUUCAAAGUUCUCUCAGCGGUCGAGGUCGGCUCUCGGAAUCACGAAGUUGUACCGACCCCCUUGAUAGCAGAGCUGUCAUCUAUACGGUCUGGAAUCGUCACCAAAUGCCUAUCAUCAUUAAGCAAGAGAAAACUCGUGGCUAGGGUACAAGGAGCAAAGUAUGAUGGGUACCGCUUGACAUACGGUGGGCUGGAUUAUCUCGCUCUCAAGACCUUCUCUAGGCGAAAACCGGCAACUGUGGCUGGUGUAGGGACCAAAAUAGGUGUAGGGAAGGAGAGUGAUAUCCAUCUUGUACAGGAUGAAGCGGGGAAAGAGAGGGUAUUGAAGAUGCACCGUCUCGGUCGAAUCAGUUUCCGUGCUAUCAAGGAGAAGCGAGACUAUCUCGGUAACCGGAAGAGUGCGAGCUGGAUGUACCUCUCUCGCUUGGCUGCUCAGAAGGAGUACGAGUUCAUGAAAAUCCUGUAUAAUAACGGAUUCCCUGUACCUGUCCCCAUUGACCAAGCCAGACACUGUAUCGUCAUGUCUUUGAUCGACGCCUAUCCAUUACGUCAAGUGGAUGACGUACCGUCUCCAAGUACAUUAUACGCUACACUCAUGGCCUUGAUCCUACGCCUUGCACAUUGCGGACUGAUCCAUGGCGAUUACAACGAAUUCAAUAUUUUAAUCCACCGCAAGACUGGAGAGCCAACGCUGAUCGACUUUCCCCAAAUGGUCAGCACCAGGCACCCCAACGCGGAGUUCUUCUUUGACCGGGAUGUCGAGGGCAUCAAACGUUUCUUCAAACGCAGAUUCAGAUUUGAGCCGUCUUCAUGGCCGAGGUGGAAGGACGUUCUGGCGGGACCAGACUUAUCCGAAACUGGUGGAGCGGAUACCGAGCAGAAGGCGGAGAGCUCACAGAUGGCAUUGUACCCAAGAUUGGACGAGCAAGUCGAGGCGAGUGGCUGGAACAGCAAGGGCUCACAACAACUGGAAGAAUACUUUGCCUCCAUUGCGGACAUACCCGAGGAAGAGUGGGAUGGGGAUGACGACGAUGAUGACGAUGGUGACGAUAACGACGAGGACGACAACGAAGAGCGAGUGGAUGGAGAGGCUGUGUGGGGGAGUGGACAAACAGCUGAGGAGGUGGAGGAUGCUCGAGAUGCUUCCAGCGAUCGGUCACAUGAGCAAGAUCCGAGCAGUGAGGAUGAGGAGGCUCGAACUCGCAAGACCGCUGCCCGGCUGGAGCAAUUACGACUGAAUAGGGCGUUGGGAAAUGAUGAGCCUGAAGAUAUAGCCCUGGAUCCUGAGGCGGUCAAGAACAAUUCCGCGAGGGAUGAUUCGACGGAAGAGGAAAGCGGGGAAGGUGAAAGCGAGGAAGAUCCAGAGAACGGGGAAGAAACACUACAGUCCUCUGCGAAGUCUGGCGGCGUGCGGAAUUCCAGACCUCGGCCAGCUGAUAAAGGAUGGAAGCAAGGAGGUAUCAAAGACCGCUUGGAGAGGGAGAUUCGUGGGACCAAGACUGGACCGGGUUCCGGUGAAGGACGGGUGAAAGCUGGCAAGGCCAAGGGGCAUAAAUGGAAGAGCAGUGAGAAGUAUUUGGUCGACAAGAACAGCGGAUGGUGAUGGGAGGACUCAGGCAAUAUGGCAUGAGCAGCGUUGAGGCUUGGUUGAUGUGCUGAUCCUGCAAAGAUCAUUGCAGAUCACGCAAUCGAAUACGAGAGAGCAUGCACAGCUUUACCACACGGCUGCUCCAUUUUGUGCGCCGCUCCAUAGCGAGCUGUCGGAGAUCUGGGACU